AUACAAUCAAUUCUGCUCACUUCUCAGCCUCAAAUCUCUACGUCUUUCUUUCGCUGACCAAUUGCUCGUGCAUUUGCAAGGUUUGGACUGAAACUCGAUUCCUCGGUUGCCGAUCUCUGCCCGCCACCUGAGCAUCCUCCUCCAUCAGCUUCUGCACCUAGAACGCUUUAUAACCGACGUAUAAGCUCCACACUGCGCGCAUUCCGUCCUGUCCCGCUUCACACGAUAUCACUCCAGCACCUUCACAUCACACAUCGCCGCCAUGUCGUUCUCGUCGCUCGUCUCAGACAUUGCCUACCGCAAUCCAACCCGGCCGGAGCUGCGCGCAGCAGCCUCCGAGGCAGGGCGCUCAUAUGCCAGCACAGCUGCCACCAGCGUCAGCAUAUCCGGCGACAUCAAGAGUCAACUGCACGGAGGAUACUCGCACCCUCUCGCACGAGCAUGGCAAGCAGAGCGACAACUCACAAAGUCGAUGCUCAUCUACCCCCUCUUCAUCUCAGAUCAGCCUGACGAGGAGACGCUCAUUCCUUCGCUGCCAAACCAGCACCGUCGAGGUUUGAACAAGAUCGUGCCCUACCUGAAACCGCUUGUCGAGAAGGGUCUGAAGUCGGUCAUUCUCUUCGGUGUGCCGAUCGCACCAAACGCAAAGGAUGCCCUCGGUAGCAACGCAGACGACCCCAAGGGCCCCGUUAUCAAGGCCAUUCGCCUCCUCCGCCGCACUUUCCCCGACCUCUUCAUCACCGCCGACGUCUGCCUCUGCGAGUACACAUCACACGGCCACUGCGGUAUUCUGAGAGACGACGGCAGCUUGAACAACCAGCUUUCAGUCGAGCGCAUUAGUGAUGUCGCUAUCUCAUACGCCAUGGCCGGCGCACACUGCGUUGCACCUUCAGACAUGAACGAUGGCCGCAUUCGCGCAAUCAAGCUGAAGUUGAUCGAGGCUGGAAUCGCCCACCAGGUCGUGCUCAUGUCAUAUUCCGCCAAAUUCUCUGGAUGCUUAUACGGCCCCUUCCGCGACGCUGCAGGCUCAUGCCCCUCAUUCGGCGACCGACGAUGCUACCAGUUGCCGCCGGGCGGUCGUGGUCUUGCCCGCCGAGCGAUCACACGAGACAUCAACGAGGGUGCAGACAUCAUCAUGGUCAAGCCUGCAAGUCAGUACCUCGACAUCAUCAGCGACGCGAAGGAUAUUGGCAAGGACAUGCCAGUCGCAGCAUACCAGGUAUCUGGCGAGUACGCCAUGAUCCACGCGGCAGCAGCUGCAGGCGUAUUCGACCUGCGAGCCAUGGCUGAGGAGGCUACGCAGGGCAUUCUGCGAGCAGGUGCUACGAUUAUCGUCAGCUACUUCACACCAGAGUUCCUGGACUGGCUAAGCAACUAAAGCGACUGUCGCGUUUUGUUUCGCUUCGUAUCUUUGUGCUCGACGAUACCUUGUUUUCAGCAUUUUCAAAGGAUGGGUUCGGCGUUAAAAUAUCUACGACUACUCAAUUGACGAUCUACACUUCUGCAUCUGCACGCCCAAAUUUGCCUGUUCAGAUGCUCACACAACUUCUUUGUCUUGGUGCUUUCCGGCCAUUGGCGUGCUUGCAGAGGGGCCAAUUACCGCAGCUGCUCGAUGCACAAGGCUGAGCUCCGCCUUGACUAAAC